UCAGAAUAAGAUAAUAUCUGCUCGAUGUGAGCUUAGACUACCGAGAAGUAAAAGUAGACAAUAUCUGUUGGGUCGGGUUUAGACUCUUCCAACGCGUGACUGUGACUGUGAGUGCGACUGAGCGAGAGGAAGGCCAUUUUUUAUGGCGUGGGCUCGCCAAGUUGGGUGAAUGAUUGGGUUAUACAACAAGCCUCGUGCCUCUUUACAAGAACCGCAGCCCCGCCUGUUCUUUAAUCCUUAACCUUUUUCUAUAUCUCAGGCAGGCAAAAAGGAGUGUUCUUAAAUUUUACAGAUAAUAAAGCAGAACCUCUCACGCAUCCAACAAAAAGCAGUAGGGGUCCAAAACACCAGAUCCUGACUCACCUUUCUUCUUCUUCUUCUUCUUCCUCUGUUUCCUCUGUAAAAAUUGUCCUUAAAAACCCCACAUCCCAAACCUUCCAAUGCCAGAAUCUUCCUCUUUCUAGGACACCAUGAAAUUAAUUAGAGACAUUAAAGCGAUCCCUUCACCGGAUUUAUUGGUUUGUUUCCCUUCUCGCUCGCAUUUCGCUUUAAUGCCAAACCCACUUUGUAGUCCUGUCAGAGCGUCUGAUUCGAACAAGCUCCGCCGUUAUCACCGGCGGAGGAAGUCGGCGGAGAGCCCGGUGGUUUGGGCCAAAGCGAAGACGAUAGGGGGGUCUGAGGUGUCGGAACCGUCGUCGCCGAAAGUGACCUGUGCAGGGCAGAUUAAGAUGAGGCGGAAGAGCAGGAAGAGCUGGGAAUCGGUGAUGGAGGAGAUAGAGAGAAUUCAUAAUAGGAGGGAAUUACGGCGGAGGAGGUUCAAUUGGGUCGAAUCUUUAGGGUUCAAGAAGGAUAUAAUGCAAUUCUUAACGUGUUUACGGAGCAUUCGGUUUGAUUUUGGGUGUUUCGGAGCUUUCCCUGAAGCAGAGUUCACCUCUGAAGACGAGGAAGAAGAGGAAGUGGGUGUCGAGGGGAGCGAUGGCUCCAGAACGGCGUUUUCUAAAUGGUUCAUGGUUUUACAGGGAAGUGGGGUCCGGAGAGACGGCAACGGUCUCUGUACAGUUGAUGAUGCAUCGAUUGGGCCGCCGAUGGCGCCGCCCAGAAACGCGCUUUUGCUUAUGCGCUGCAGGUCUGCUCCGGCGAAGAGUUGGGUGGAGGAAGCAUGUUCAGAGGAGGAAGAAGACACAGAGGUCAAGGUGAAGAAGAGCUUGAAAUGGCUAAUGGAGGAAGAGAACAGAGAGAGCAGGGAUUUGGUUACGAGGAGUCGGAGUUGGAAGGUUUGAUCUUACUGGGUAAGGAACUCAGAUCAUCAUGUUAAACUUGGUUCUAAACCUACUAGUUAACUGUUUAAACUUAAUAGAUAUGGUCUGCUCAAAAUUUCUAAAAUGUGUAUGUAAGGGAAAGGUUUCUAAUAAGAUCUCACAGUCCACCCGUUUAAGGGCCGAGCGUCUUAGCUCGCACUCGUUCCCUUCACCAAUCGAUAUGGGACCUCCCAGUUCACUCCUUUUGGAGGCCCAACAUCUUUCGUGGCAUGCCGCCUUUAACCUAACCCAAAGCAUUCCAAAAGUUGUAAUUAGAAGCCGUGUAUACUUUA